UGCUUACAGAUUGAGAAAAGCGAUCGAUCGAUCGUUAAAUCUGUCAAAAAUGAAAAUAAAAACCUUUACUUUUGAAGAGAAAUUCAUAUUUAUAGGAUUGUAGAUUGUCAGUUAACUAAAAUUACUCCGAUUUUCUAACAUGACAUAUGAAGCAAAUGACAGCAGUAACGACUACAAUAUGUCUUCUUUUGGAGCGGGUAUUUCUCCGCUUAGGCUCUGCAGAUACGGAUGAGCAACUUCAAGCCUCAGUAUGCAAAUUUCUACCUCCGAUAUUGUUGAAGUUAUCCAGCUCUCAAGAAGGAGUUCGCAAAAAAGUUAUGGAACUUUUAAUCCAUAUCAAUAGGAGGGUUAAAAGUCGACCUCUAGUUCAGCUCCCUGUUGAAGCUCUUUUGUUGCAAUAUCAAGAUCCUGCUGCUAGUUCAUUUGUAAUUAAUUUUUCAAUAAUUUACAUAAAAUUAGGAUACCCUCGAAUGGAAAUUAGUAAACAGGCAGAAUUAGUUCCAAGUGUAUUAAAUGCAAUCGAGGGUAAACCCUUAUCCCAUCAAGACAGUUUAUUGCUUAUUAUUAUGCCGGCACUUGGACAUAUACGUAUACCUACGGAUCCUGAAAAGAGAGCACCUCUUCUUGGACUACAAGAUAAACCUUACGUUGCAAAACAGUUGUUGAAUUUUAUGCUAGAUAUGUUAAUAUUACCUUAUAGAUCUGUAAUACAAACUUCCCAAGAGACUGGGCAGCCCAUUGAAUGGUUUCGAUUCCCAGUACCACCAGGUCUUAAUCAAUAUGCCUUUAAAAGGGUAAUCGGUGAAACUCCACAUACGUCAGAGCAACUUGAGCAAAUAAAAAUAGGAAUAGUUAAAUUUAUCUCCGGAGGAUUUUUUCCUGAUUCUGAUAUUCUGAUACAUUUAAUUGUUGCGGCUGCAGAUACCACAUACAGUGUUGCAAACAUAGCUGACAUUGAAUUAAAAAAAAUUGUUAAUACAUUAGACUGGUCAUCGGUACAACUGGCUGGUCCUCUUUACACUUUGUUUUUGGGAACUGAUGCUUUAGCCACACAAAAAGAAGUCAAACCAGAGAUGAAAAGAUUGCCUGCUUGUACACGUAUUCGACUUAAAUUAUUACAUUAUCUUUGUCGAGUAACUAGAGCUGGAUUUAUUAUUCCUCUAUGUAUUCAAGUUGUAUUUGAUUCACUUUAUGGAAGGAACACAAAUAAAUAUUUGAAAUUCUUGGCUCUACAAUUUACAUUAAACAUUAUACAACAGUGUAGCCUUGUGCAACUAGUUCGGGUAGGAGGAGUUAUUCUAAAUGGAAUGAUAAAAUUAAUUUCGGAUGGUGACGACGUACACAAACCUAAGGCUUAUACCAUUAUUGGACAAUUGGGGCAAAGAGUUCCAACUCUUAUAAAUAAAGAUCUGAGUUUAUUACAAAACUUUUUUGAUGCCCUUGCAUCUACGGUGGGUGAUUUACGGACGAGUAUAAGAGAUGCUUUAAUAAGCAUGACUUCUUCAUUCGUGCUUCUGCGAGACGACGAAACUAAUUUAGCUGUGAUGAAUAGUUUACUGUCGGUCCAUAUUGAAUCACCAGAAUCCAGUGUUAGAUAUGUUGCUGUACACUACGCUGCUACUGUAUUUCCACCAGACGAUGCUCCGUCCAGAUAUUUGUUACUUCUAGCAUGUGGAGAUUCAAAGCAUGAAGUUAAUUUAGAAGCUAUGAAAGCUCUAUAUGGUUCUGCCUAUAAACAUGAGGAAGAUAAGGACAACACAAAACACAUAUUUUUACCUGAUUUCUCCAAGUUAGUGUGUUAUAUACACACUAAAUUACAGGCUAGAAUGGCUGGUACACACCCAGGAAGAGUAAAUAUUGGAAGUAAAACGAUUCCUUACAAUAUCACUACGUUUACAGAGAUUAUAACCUAUCUUCGCCUUUGUCUUGCAAAAAGUGCUAAUGUGCCUGUACAAACUGAACCGUUGGAACAUCCUUGCGAACAUACUCCAACGAUUGGUCGCUAUCUAGAAAAUAUAUCUAAAGAACAUCCAGAAUCUCUAAAUUAUUAUCAGGAAAUGAUUAUGAUGCUUAGUCAUGUUACUGCAGAUCGGGUGCCACUGAAUGCACUUCUAGAAGUGGUUGGGACAAUCCCACUUUAUGCACUUAACCGUUACGAAAGUGAAAUACCAUGGCUUCGAUCCAUGCUUUCAUCGAGUAAAGAAAGUAUUAGAGAAUUGGCUGCUAAAAUCUAUGCCAUUAUCAUAGCAUACAUUCCUGAUAAUGACUUUGAAAAGCAAGUGUCAGAGAUUAUCAAUUCAGCUAAAAGUAAAGUUCCGGAAACACAACACGGUGCAUUAGUCGCAUUAUCACACAUGAUGGAAAGAAAGUUACGGUUGUGGAAACAUACCAACAAGGAUGAAUUGCUGAAGUGGAAUACUUAUUUGGAAGCUGUUAAAACUUUGUAUGCGUUUUUGACCGAUAGCAGCAUGUUACUAGUUAGUGCAGCCACCGAAGGAAUUGGUAAUAUAGGAAAAGCGUUUGCCUUGCCAAUACCAUCAGAAGAUGACAAAGAGUUAAACAAGAAAGCUGUCGUGGAUACCUUAUUUUUAAUUCUGACUAAUGUAAAAACAAGUGGCAAGGUGAAAGAGAAAGCUGCCUUGGCUCUAGGAUGUUUGUGCGUCGGUGAAGAAUUUCCCCAUGCCACAUUUAUUGCUGAAAAAUUCAUUAGUCUAGCAGCAGAGACUAAAGAUGUUGAGAUACAUUUGACAGUAGGAGAAUCGCUGGUUUGUUGUGUACAAGGUGAAGCCUCACCUAAAGGGAGAGAUGCAUGGACAAUGCUACCAACUGAAUACAGCGUUCCUUACAGUGAAGGGAGCAAUGAGCUUUUAAAAUUAGUUUUAGAUAAACUAUUAAAGUUGUCUAAUGUACCACAUCCACAUUCUAGGCAGGCGGUGUGUAUCUGGCUACUAGCACUGGUCAAGCAUAAUGCCAAACGAAAAGAAAUUGUGGAUAAAACUUGUGAAAUUCAAAAUGCCUUUACUGGUUUUCUCUCAGAAAAUAAUGAUUUUGUUCAAGACGUUGCAUCAAAAGGACUUGGCUUGGUAUAUUAUGCUAGCGAAGAAGCGGUUCGUAAGGAUCUGUUAGAAAAUUUGACAAAUCAACUUUUGCAAGGUCGUCGAGCUGUUACAAAAGUAAACAGCGAUACCAAAUUAUUUGAAGAAGGGGAAUUAGGAAAGAGUGUUUCUGGUGGCAGUUUGUCAACGUACAGAGAAAUUUGUUCAUUAGCAACAGAAUUGAAUCAACCAGAACUGGUCUAUCGCUUUCUACACUUGGCAAAUCACAAUGCCGUUUGGACAUCAAAAAAAGGCGCAGCAUUUGGCUUUUCUGUAAUCGCAAAUUUGGCAAAAGAGGAUUUGAAUAAACUUUUGCCCAUUAUUGCGCCAAAACUGUAUAGAUACCAGUACGAUCCAACUCCUAGGAUUCAACGCAGUAUGACUAGCAUUUGGCAUGCCAUUAUUCCAUCUACACAUAACAUCUUGGAGCAAUAUCAUAAGGAGAUACUGGCAGAUUUAUCCAGUAACAUAACAAGUUAUGAGUGGCGUGUACGGAUCAGCUGCUGCCUUGCAUUAGCUGAUCUAUUAAGAUCAAACGUUCCUAUAAAUUUAGUCGAAAGUGGACCAGAACUAUGGAAACAACUAUUUCGUGUAAUGGAUGAUUUUCAUGAGGGUACUCGGUUAGCUGCUAACAAAACUGUCAUAGUAUUUAGUGAACUUUGUAUUCGACGAUGUGACCCAUCGCAAGGUAAAGCUGGAGAGCAAAUUCUUCAAGCAAUACUGCCAGUUUUGUUAGAUGUUGGGAUCGUUCAUGUUGUUGCUACUGUAAGAGCAAUAUCGCUGCAAACCGUAUCUCAAUUCGUUAAGACAGCUGGUGAUUUGUUAAAGCCAUCGUUGGUAAACUUAAUACCAGCACUUUUAACCGCAACUGGUGAAUUAGAAAAUCCUUUGGAUUCUUAUUGGAGUACUCGUUUGGGCGGUAAUUCAGAAGAGCAGGAAGUUCAUGACAGAAACAGAGCACUUGCAGCAAAAAAUUAUUAUACUACGGAGACUGUGACAAAGUGCGUUCAGUAUAUCGAUGCUUCGGUACUGAAAGACUUAAUGCCGAAAGUACUAGAAAUAGUUAAGUCAAACGUAGUGCUUGGCACUAAAGUUGCCUGUUCACAAUUCCUGAUACUGUUAUGUAGUCACUUGAAACAGGACUUGCAGCCAUACACUGGUAAAAUUCUGGCUGCACUAGUAAACGGUCUAACAGAUCGCAACAGUGUUCUUAGGAAAAGUAAUGCCGUCACAAUUGGACACAUAGUAGGAUCUGCAAAAGAAUCUAGUCUAGAGAAGCUUUUUAAUAUGUUAAACACCUGGUAUAUGGAAAGAGAAGAUGACACCAUUAGGCUGGCAAUUGGGCAAACGUUGCAAUCAAUAAACACCCAUAACCAGGAGAUACUUAGAAACUAUUCUGACAUAGUUAUGCCUUUAACAUUUUUCGCAAUGCACGCUGAGAAAGUGCCAGGAAAUGAAGCUACUAUAGAACUAUGGACUGAUUUGUGGGGAGAUAUAUCACCAGGCACAGAAAUGGGAAUAAGGCAACAUUUGACAGCGAUAACUACUAUUUUGAAUUCGUCUUUGGAAUCGGCAUCGUGGACUACGAAAGCACAGGCAGCAAAUGCUGUAUCGACAGUAGCUACAAAAUUAGGCUCUAGUAUCGAUGAAGAAGCGAGAAGUACACUUUUGAAGAUAUUAACAAACGGUCUGCGUGGCAGGACUUGGAACGGCAAAGAACGCCUUCUAAAUGGUCUUGCAACUUUGGCGUGCAAUAGCAAGGAGGCUGUAAGCAAGGAUACAGAACUCCUAGAGACGAUUGUGGAAUCACUGCAUAAAGAAAGUAAGAAGGAAGCUAUUGAAUAUCGUCGGUAUGCCUUGAAAGCAUUUAGUGACGUUUUGCACGAAUUGCAAAUCGACAGAUUUUCCCAAGUACAUGACAUCGCACAAGAGGUUCUCCUCAAGGUUACAAUUAAAGAAGAUGACGACGAGGAGAAGUCUUUGACAGAAAGAACAAAGAAAAAGGAAGAUAUACUGAAAUUGCAGGAGACAUUGUACGAAGCUCUCGGAAAGGCAUGGCCAUCGAAUAAAGAAACUCAAGACAAAUAUUGUUUGCAAUUUGUGACGCAUUGUUAUGAAGUAUUACCAAAAAGUACCAGAACUCUUCAAGUUGCGAUCCUAACCAUGCUUAACCUCUUUGUGGAUAAGUUAGUCUUACUACAAAUCGAUGCCACACAGACUUCCCCUAAGGACAAGGAAACAUUAAAAUCGAUUUGUGACGUACUCGAGAAAAUUUUGAGGCACUCUAUGGGCAUUUCUAAGUAUACGAGGAUAAGGAAAGAGGCAUUGAACAUUGUCUUUUCUCUGUCAAGAAGAUUUAGAGAUACCAAAAAUAUUACGCAUCUUGAAAACUUAACUACUUUAUUCACCGAAGUCCUACCGGACUUAUCUGGGGAUAACCAACCAGAAAUUCGUUCCAGGGUCAUUGACAUUAAAGAUAUGCUCAAAAUAUAAAUUGAAAUCGUUGGGUGUGAUUAUAGAUAGAUUCAACCAGCUAUCAUGGCUUUUAUUUAUUUCACCAAAGGUGUAUCUCAUAUGAGUGGUGAAAUUUGGCAAGCAGCAUUUGUUCACAUACAUAUACGCAAGUAAAUUAAAUGUAAAAAAUGAUUUUGCUUCAUAGUACUAUAAAAAAAAAGAACCGAAAUUAGAUUUCAUGAUCAAAGAAUACCCGUUCGUUCUUUCAGAUGAUUUCAAUAAAUUGGUAGGAAGUAAAUUCUGCAUGGUGUCUAGUACCGAUAUAUUCAUAUAGACAUUGUUGUAAUCAUGUAAAACAUUGAUCAUCACUUUCUUAAUAUAUUUUUUAGUUAAUCAGUUUCUUGGAACAAUUCCGUACUAGUACUUCGUUCAAAAUUUCUAAAGACUGGCGGUUAUGUUAUAUGGUAACAUUUGAUUAAUUUAAAACUUGUUUAUAACUAGUGGUAUUAAUUAUGCAAAAUCAACGAGUUUCUUUUCACACGUGACUCCAACUAUCAUUGCCACUUAUAAAACUUGCAUUUUGAGGUUCAUCGUCAAUAUUACGAGUGCUAGGUUUCUUCGCCUUAUCGGUGAUAUUGAACAAAUCAACAACGUAACUUGUUCUGACCAUGAAUCUUAGAAUGCAAUAAAUGUAACGUUGUAAUUAGCCUACUUAUUUAUAUUAAAUAAAAAUUGAAAUAAAA